GAUUGAUCCUGUGGACUUGCCGUAGUAAAUCAGGAAGUUAGAUAAGCAGCUACCAUAGAAUUACACAAUGAUAUAUAUAGAUCCGCGUUCCUUUCUGUAGCUAGUCAACAAAGCCACACGUUUUCAUAUUGUAGAUACUUGUUGUGUAUUUGUUUGUUAUUGUAAUUGUAGCUAUAAUAAACUAUACAGCUAGAAACAUUUGAUAACUUUAUCGGUUAUUUUGUAACCGCGUGAUAGCUACAGACAGGGUUCGUCAGAUAUCCGGUGCUUUGUAAUUUGCUAGCUAGCCAGUUAUCCAUACAUUUACUGCUGUGUUUACUAUUGGCAGAAAGUGUAGGCUCUUUCUGGAGGGGAAAUUAUGAAUUACUCAGAUUAUGAUUCCGAUGGCUAUUCUUCAAAUGAAGAUCAAGACUAUGUUCCAUCUGAUGACAACCUCAGUGAAGAUGACAUGAAUGAAUGUGUGAAAGAAGAUGGUCUGGAAGGGGUUGAACAUAGUAGCCAACAGUCAGAUAAUGUCACCAAGAAGAAAAAGAAGAAAGGCCAAGACAUUGGCAUGAGGAAAAGAAAGAAAGGAGGACUGAAGUUAGAGGAGACAGAGCAGGAUGGCAGUGUGGAGGAGCAGCAGCAGCAGCAGGAGGAGGAGGGAGAGGAGGGAGAGUUUUCUGAUUCCAGGCCCAAGAAGGAGGUGGACGAAGAGAAAAAGAAGAAGAAAGCAGAUGAUUUGUGGGCCAGUUUUCUGAGUGAUGUUGGUCCCAAAUCCAAGCCAUCUAUUCCAUCACCACAGUCUACUACUAAACAGCAGGCUGCACCCACAGACAGACCGAAGAAGUCCACUGCGGCCCCAUCAGAAUGUCAUCAUUUAGAGCUUAAACCUAAAGAGCCCUCUAAAGUCACCAUCACUAAGGUGUUUGACUUUGCUGGGGAAGAGGUCCGAGUAACCAAAGAGGUAGAUGCUGACUCCAAGGAGGCCAAGUGCUUUCUGAAGUCCAAGGAGGAGACACCAGAUGUGCGGACUAUACCCAGCAGACCAGAGCCCUCCUCCCUCGCCCCUGGACCCAGUGUGAAGAGGCCUGCAGGGAUGGGCAGCAUCCUGAACCGCCUCGGGGGGAAGAAACAGAAGAUGAGCACGUUGGAGAAGUCCAAGAUGGACUGGGACGCCUUCAAGGAUGAGGAGGGCAUCGGGGACGAGCUGGCCAUCCACAACCGAGGCAAAGAAGGGUAUGUGGAGAGAAAGAAUUUCCUGCAGAGAGUUGACCACCGGCAGUUUGAGCAGGAAAAGAAAGUACGUCUCGGCAACAUCAUGAAGCGAUGACGAGGAAUAAUGGAGGAGGUACACUAACAAUUGUGACACAUGCGCACGCACCACUCUGAACAUGCCUGCCCAGUUCCCUCCCAUGGUUUCUCUUCCCAGUACUUGGCCUCUGGACUGCCCAUGUGUUUGAAAUGGCCGACAGUACCUGCUACCUGCUGUUUUGGACCUGCGUCAGACUUCACAUUCCCAAUCUACACACAGCGCUCUCAUUACACCUCCAUCUGUUCCUGGACCUGCGUGUGACCCGAAUCACCUAGACUCAGACCCCUGACUGUGUCUUCCUACCUCUACGAGAGGUGUGGUGGCAGUGUUAACCUGCUUACCUCAGCACAUGGCUGUGUGGGUGUUCCUGUACUGAACAUUUGUCAUCAUCAUCACCAGGAUGAAGAAAAAAAAGGGAAUGCAUUCCAGGAGUGAGAAGAGGAGAAUGAGCAGCACAGUCAUGAUUCCACACCCUGAGCUCUGAAUCAGUCGUUAUUGGCAUUGACUUGAAAGGGAGGAGGAGAGAGGGAAAGAGAGGAAGAAUCCACACACUGCUCAGAUAUUUGUGCCAUCCCUCUACACCUCCUGCAGUGAUUCGGUUUGGUGUGCUGUUCAUUGGAAGAGUUAAAGUUGAUUGCAUUUCACCUCCCUGUUGUGUGGACUCCGCUUCUCUGGAUAAGUUCCAGCUAAUCUGAGGAGAAAGAUUUGUCUCACUCUGAUGUACCUUAGUUAUACCAAUAACUGUCACCGUUUCUGACAUGAUGCAAGAUGAAAGAUCUAUGUUUUAUCAACAUGUCAGCUUAGCUGCUUCUUAAACCUGAGCUAAGAGGGGAGAGGACCACUGAGCGUUUCCUCAACGUGUGCUACUGUUCUCCCAACGUAAUGACAAGGCUCCUAUUACAAGGUCAUUUUAUGGUUGUUCAGUAGCAGACACUCACACAAACAGGCUAAUUCAGGGACUUUAUUUUUAGUUACAGGUUGUUAAAUGAAUGGGCUUCAAGUGUGUCUGAAUAAUAACGUCUCGUGUUAUUAUGUCAGAAUUUGGACUUGUGUUAUGUUGUUAUCCUGGUACUGUACUGUGUCAACUGUAUAACAUUGAAUAAAGCACGCUAUUUGGUUUGAAA